AUGAGACACCUUCUUCUCCAAUAUCUCAAAGAGUAUGAGGCUCAAGUUUUUACUCCAAUUCAGAAACAGCAGACGGUAACAGAGGAAACGUAUGAGGCUACACAGCCAUUGACUGAGAUCAUUUCAGCAAACAAUAAAAAGGAGGAUACACAUGCUGUGCAUUACAGACCUUCCUCUCCAUUGUCUUCACUAAUUGCACUAGUUAUUGAAGAAAAUAAGAAUGCUUUGAGUGAGACAGAAACUGCGACCCAAUAUUUUUCUACAAGUGAAGGAGAGCAUCACAAUCAGAAGCAGAAAGAAUCAAGCGGAAGAAUAUCUCAAGGAUACUACAGAACCUACUACUGA